AUGGCAACAAUAACGUCCACAACCCAAACGGUGUCUACCGUGUCCCUAGAGGCGCGGAAUACAUCAACGGGCGGUCAAAGGCUGUCGCUUGCCAGGCCAGACACCGUGGCAAGUCGGACUUUCCCGUCGGUCUACUCCCGCUUCAGCAAAACACAGAAACGCUCGACGACUUACACCACUGCUAUUGGCGGGCUUUUAGCUUCCAUGUCCACGACCAGCGUCUUUGCUGCUGUUCCAGAGAUCACGUCUACUUUCGGCACGACACCAACAGCCAUCAACAUCAGCAAUGCCAUCUAUCUCGUCGUCAUGGGGUUGGCCGCCUGUUUCUGGGGGCCGUUGUCGGACGUCUUUGGGCGAAGAACGGCUUACAUUCUGAGUACCCUGCUGUUCUUCGCCUCUUCGAUUGGUACGGCACUGUCGCCGAGUCUGCCUGCCUUCUUCUUCUUCAGGUCAUUGACGGCCGCGCAAUCUACGGCGUUCCUCGUGCUUGCAUCGAGCUGCAUCUCUGAUGUUUUCCAUCCGACGGAACGCGCGACAGCCAUGGGAUGGUUCCUCCGAGGGGUCGCCUUUGGUCCCGCCUUUGGCCCCAUCCUCGGUGGCAUCAUCGUUACUUUCACUUCAUGGCGCGUUAUCUUUUGGGUGCAAUCUGGUCUAAGCGGCGUGGCCUUUCUGCUUGUCUUCGCAUCUUCGGCCAUUGGGUUCAACAUGUACUCCCUCUUGACCCCGAUCCGUUACAUCCUUAACCCCAGGCUCGGACUUACGACGCCCCUACAGUCGGGUCUGAUCUACUUGGCCCCGGGGGCGGGCUAUCUAGUAGGCACAACACUCGGCGGCCGCUGGUCCGAUCAUAAUGUCAAGUCGUGGAUGCAUCGACGCGGCUUCCGGCUGUGGGAGGACCGUCUACGCAGCACGCUCUUUUUCAUGCUCGGACUCUUACCGGGUUUCACACUCCUCUACGGCUGGGCGGUUCAGGAGGGCUGGGGCGGUAUCGCGUUGCCCGUCGUUUGCCUAUUCGGUCAGGGGGUGUGUCAGACCACGACGUUCCCUAGCUUGAAUGCAUACAUCCUCGACAUCAUGCAGGAUCAAAGUGGGAAAGCCUCAGGGACGGGUGGACGAUCAAACGGCAACGUCGGCAUCUUGAAGCUGGCCAGGAAGGGCUCCGCCACCAACGUACCCACGAGAGCCUCGCGCUGUGGAGUGGUGCCAAUAGGUCUUCCCCACAUCUAUUGGGCGCUAAGGGGCCCCCCGCGCACCAGUGACGGGUCUGGUUCUGGAGGGGUGAAUAAGAUGGAGGUAUUAUUGAAUGUGGCUCGGAUGCGAGGUCUUCUCAUCACAGCACCCGUAGUGGCGGUUCCCAACGACCUCUUGCCAAAAUAUUCGCCAUCCUAUACCGAGGCCAUACAGAUACAUCCACCACAGUCAGUUAUAGGAACACAGAGCGGCAUUUAUCCCUUCAAAGAUGAGAAGCCUCAGAGAGGAAAAAAAGAGCGACGAUGUCCUCCCCGAAGUGAAAAGACCAAGACAGAGCAGAAGGCCAGGCACCUUCGAGGCGGGGCCGAGUCGGCGUGGUCUCAACCUCACAAAGGUUACAAGUAUAUCGUUGGCACCGAUUAA